AGCCCCUGUGUCCUCCGUUGUAUAUAGUUGGUUGUAGUUUUCCUGGUAUUCGCAUAAUGAAUACCACUAUUGAAUUUUGUGGAUGUACUCUAUUUAAUCUCGUUAGAGACUAUUGUGCGGGAGAUAAUCGGGUCAUGAUAAAGAGAAGGCAUGGCUUGUGAUACAUUUGAGGUGUGCCCUUGCGCAUUGCUGACGCGGCGCGUGUUUAGUUGCGUUGCGUAAACGUCUUGCGGGGCAGGCUGGCACAGUAUAUACUUGAGCUAAAGCAUCGAACUAAGAGUGUGUUUGUUACGUGUUGCAAGACCUAGCGACAUGUCGGGAGACGGCCAGGAGUUCAGCUACAAGAAAGUGACGCUCUACAAAGAGCAGACGCUGGGGACGGGAUCGUACGGCAUAGUGUGCAGAGCAAAAUGCGAUCAGCUGGUGUGCGCCGCCAAGAUCAUGCACAACGCCCUAUUCCAGUUUUACGACCCUUCCUCCAACCUCUUGCUCACCAAGUUUCGGCAGGAGUGCAAUCUCAACAGCGCCGCCAAGCACCCCAACAUCGUGCAGUACAUCCACACCUAUAUAGACCCGCAGACCCGAUUCCCCGUUCUCCUCAUGGAGCUGUGCGACGAGAGCCUCAGCAAGUUCCUGGACCGAUCCAAGGACCACCCUCCCCCCUACCACGUGGAACUCGACCUCAGCAACGACAUCGCACAGGCCCUCAGCUACCUGCACAUGAACGGCGUCAUUCACCGCGAUCUCACCAGCAACAACGUCCUACUAAUCGCCGGGUGCCGAGCAAAGGUAACAGAUUUCGGCAUGUCCAAGCUCAUAAGCGUCAGCCCCCGCUUCACGCCGCUCAGCCUGUGCCCGGGGAACGCGCUCUACAUGUCGCCCGAAGCUCUCCGCCAGCCACCGCAGUACAGCACCAAGCUGGACAUCUUUUCGUGGGGAGUGCUAGCUAUCCAGAUUAUGACGCGGCUCUUUCCGAACCCUGGGCCCCAGUUCAACACUGUGGAGGAGAGCAACGGUAGGAUAAUCCACGAGGUGAUUCCUGAACACAAACGGAGGAAGUCGCAAAUCGACUUGGUUGAUCCGAACCACCCGUUGCUGGAACUUGCCAUCAAGUGCCUCCACUAUAACGAGAAGAGUCGACCGACUGCCGAUGACUUGUGUGUGCAAAUGGACGAUCUCAUUCAGUCGUCAGCUUACACCAAGAGCAAGCAGAAGCCGAUAGCACCACCACAGAAGGAGUUAGUCCGGAGAAACACGAAGGCAGAGUUGGAGCUCGAGAAAGAAGGGGAAAAACUUCAGCUAGAACUGCAGCAGAUCAGCCGGGAGCUGAGUGCGAAAGAUAAGGAAGUCCGAUCGGUAAACGGGAGGAUGGCCCGAUUAAAAGACGACCUGGAAGCAAGCAAUAAGCACGCAGAAGCUGCGCUCCAGGCAGUGGCACAACGAGACGAAACCAUCACCAUUCUCCAGCAGAACAUCGAGCAACAGCAGCACAUCAUCUCCACACUGCGGGCAAAACUGGACGACGAUACAGUUGUUCCAAGUCCCGACAUGACAAGCCCUGAGCAUGUCCCAAACGGUCCCCCGAUACCCCCACGCAGCAAAGAGUCCCUCUUUCUCAGUUAUGACAAGGAAGAGGAGGAGGUGGUGGUUAAAGAAAGGGAGGAAGAUAGUGGAUACACACAACCACCACAACCUAAAACGAGAGAUGCACCUCCUAGAGCGAGGGAUGCGGAUCCUAAAACAAAGGAAGAACCUCCUAGAGCAAUGGAUGCGGCACCUAAAACGAGGGAAGCACCUCCUAGAGUGAUGGAUGCAGCACCUAAAACGAGGGAAGCACCUCCUAGAACGAUGGAUGCAGCACCUAAAACGAGAGAUGCACCUCCUAGAACGAUGGAUGCGCUACCUAAAACAAAGGAAGCACCUCCUAGAACGAUGGAUGCGGCACCUAAAACGAGGGAUGUGCCGCCCAGACAGCCUCCGCCUAGGACCCAAACCAUUAUGGCCAUGGCUGUGCAAGAUGCGAAGGAUUUGGUUAAAGAGAAAGUAAUGAGGUUCACUGUUCGCAAGGGAGAUAAAUCCCCAGAGAAGAUGGCCCGUGGUUCGGCCAUCUCGCACGCAAACACCGCCUACUUUGCCUGUUUCAGCUCCAACAAGAUCCACUUCUACCAGUGCCUGAUGGGGCGGGACAAGUGGGGCACACUCCCGAAAACACACUGCGUGAACUUCAGCAUUGUGGUGAUAAACGGGUUUGUUACGACAAUUGGCGGCUCGAAGAGUGUGGGAAGCGACCAGCCAACAAACACCCUCAUGACCCUCGCAGCCGAGGGGAGCAAAAAGAAGUGGGUGGAAAUCCUUUCGCCGAUGCCCACUCCACGUCAGGAGAUGGCUGUCGCCAGCACCGAGCACUUCAUUGUGGUAAUGGGAGGAAGGGGGAGCAGCGGAGAGCGUCUCAACACUGUGGAGGUGUACCGACAUGAGAACAAGCAGUGGAGCAUUGCUGGUUGCCUCCCCAUUCCCCUCACACGCCCGACGGCCACCAUUGUUGGGGAGGAGAUAUUUGUGGGGUCUGGGUCACCUUCGCAUGGCACAGUCUCCAAAGACGUCUUCUCGUCCACCAUGUCAAAACUCCUCUCCCCCUACUAUGCUUUCCCAGCUAGCCAGUUGAAGAAUACAACUGGUAAACAGCACAGCGCCUGGCGCAAAGUGGCCGGAGUUGACGCAGACCACUACAGCCUCUGCAGCCUCAACAACCGCUUGCUCUCAGUCGGUGGGCUGGAGAUGUCGCACUGCAACAGCAGUGCCAUUCGGAAGUACGAUCCCGACAAGAACAACUGGGAGGUCGUGGGGCACAUCAACCACGGGCGCUGUCUUGCUCUGGCCACUCACCUGAUGCUGGACACGCUUGUCAUUGUGGGAGGUUUGGGAUCUGUUGGACGCGACCAAGGCACCACAAAUCUAGUGGAAAUCGCAAAAGUUAGCUAUGCCUGA